UAGUGGAGAUACGGGAUGGUAAGACUAGGAAGUCUACCCUGGGGGUCCACAUCCUUGGAGGAGAAGUGGUCAGGCACAGUGCCGGGCCUCCCUGACCCGCCCUCCACCCUCGAACAGCUCAAGGACUACGUUGGUGAUAAGAUUGAAGCGCUAACGGAACUGGUGGGGUCAACGAGGUCUCGAGUAUGGAGAAAUCUACUUUUGGGCACUGUGGGGAUCAUGCUUGUUGUGGCUGCUGGCAUCGCCACCAUCAUUCUCACACGCGGCUCGUCCAGUUUAGCACCAGCUACCUCAGCUUUAACGGCCACUCCGGGUGGUAUAGCUUUAGGAGAGGUGCUAAAUGGAACCUUUUCCACUGAUUCCUUCAAUGGCACAUGGAUUUCAGAUAAUGAAUUUUUAUACCGGGCUGAAUCGGGGGCCCUCAACAUAUUUACUGUGGACACCCUGUCCUCUCAUGAAUUGGUCAGCGAAACUGUCAUGAGUGGUUGGCGAGUCUUCAAGUACGUCUUCUCUCCUAGCAGGAAAUACCUUCUCAUUAUCCAUGAUGUGCAGAAGCUUUUCCGUUAUUCAUACUUGGCUCGUCAUACCAUUCUCAACCUGGAGACUGGAGAAACUGUUCCACUUGCACCAACACGAGUCAGAACAAGGAGUGAACAACCACCUCUCCUCUUUGCUACCUGGGCCCCAACUGAUGAUGCUUUGGCCUUUGUCUCCCACAAUGACUUGUACUAUACUACAGGUCCUGACCUGGAUACAAUGUAUAGACUUACUGACACCGGACAGAUUGGUAGCAUCUUUAAUGGCAUUCCUGACUGGGUGUACGAAGAGGAAAUCCUGAGUUCAAAUUCUGCUUUAUGGUUCAACCCUGAUGGCCGUCGCCUUGCUUUUGCCACUUUCAAUGAUUCACGAGUGGACACUAUGAACUUCCCUCUCUACGGCCGUCCUGGAGACCUGUCUUUCCAGUAUCCCAUUCAGCAGUCCAUCAAGUACCCCAAGCCUGGCCGUGCCAAUCCUGUGGUAGACUUGUGGGUGGUAGACCUUGGGAAACUGGUGAGCGGUAGUGGAGAAACUGUGACCCGCCUGCCUCCUCCAACCUCUCUGGCAUCAGUGGAUCACUACUUCACCACUGUUGGUUGGGCCACACCCGAUAAAGUAUCUGUUAUGUGGAUGAACAGACAUCAGAAUGUGAACAUCAUUAGUCUAUGCUCGGUAGAUGGUGUUUGUAAAGAUGAUUUGGUUCAUGAGUCACCAGAUCAUGCAUGGAAUGACCUAUAUACUACUCCUAAAUUUGAUGAAGUGAAUGGUGACACCUACCUCAUCAUUUUACCCACUAAUCAGGGAGAAAAGGGAAAUUUCAAACAUAUCAACCUUCGGCGUUCAUCUGACAAAACCUUGAUCCCCUUGACAACUGGCACAUAUGAAGUUGUGGAGAUUCUUUCUUGGGACCAAAAAAAUCAUCUUAUUUACUUCACAGCAGCUCCUGCAGGAAAACCUGGACAGCGACAUAUCUACUACGUUGGUGACCUGAAUUCUAAUGAACCUAAACAAGCUUUCUGUAUUACUUGUGGCUUCAAAAAUGACUUUAAUGUGAGUGUAAAGAUUUUCAUUCCAUGUAACAAAGGCAACAUGCCAUCUCACAAGCCACCUCAUCCUCAGUUUUCCCCCUUCAAAGCAAUACAUAUUUCUUUGCAGGUUCGUGAAAGACUACUUGACCGCUCACUACCUCUGGAGAAACGACUGGAAAUUGAUGUAGAAGGUGGAUUCAAGGCCCAGGUCUCCAUGAAAAUGCCACCCGAUUAUAACCCUACCCGCUAGUCAUACCCAAUGCUGGUUUAUGUAUAUGGAGGUCCAGGUUCCCAGCUUGUGAGUGACAGAUUCAGAAUUGAUUGGGGCGAUUAUUUGGCAUCUCAACGAGGAAUUAUAUAUACAUCAAUUGAUGGCAGAGGAUCUGGAUAUGCUGGAGAUAAACUUCUCCAUUCACUUUAUUAUGGAUUAGGAACUGCUGAAGUUGAUGAUCAGCUUGCUGUCACUGCUGCUCUUCAAAAGUCCUUCCCAUUUGUUGAUUCUUCUCGAACUGCUAUUUGGGGUUGGUCAUACGGAGGAUAUGUGACUGCAUCAGCUCUGUCCAAAGAUGUUAAUAAUAUUUUCAAGUGUGGUAUCUCUGUGGCACCUGUUACUUCAUGGAUUUAUUAUGAUACAGUGUACACAGAAGAGGCGGGUCUACCAACUGCAAAUGAUAGUUAUGCUGCAUAUGAAUAUUCUGAUGUGACAAAGAAUGUAUCAAAUUUUCGAAACAAAGAGUUCUUCCUUAUACACGGAACCGCUGAUGACAACGUCCACUACCAGCAGUCAAUGAUGCUGUCCCGAGCUUUAGAAGUUGAAGAUAUUCUGUUUAGAUCUCAGAGUUAUCCAGAUGAAAACCAUGGCUUGGCAGGUGUAAAGAGACAUCAUUAUCACUCCAUGGAAGACUUCCUCAAUGACUGCUUCAACAAAACCUAAUUACUGAUGGAUCUGGUCAUUAUUGGAUUACUAUCUGUGAAACGUAUUUUAAAGUUAUCAGUGUCAACGUGUGUUGGGAUCAGUGCUACAAUAAUGCCAAUUUCACUAUUGUAUAGACUACUUAACUUGAAAGAUGCUGUCAUUAUUUUUAUCAUAGAAAUUUUAUAUGUUUUACAGUUUAUUUAUGAAUUUAUCACAUUUUUGGCCCAUGGAAAAAGUGUAACUUUUCUCAGUACCUCAUUCAACUUGAGUAUUAUUACAUUUAGAAAUAUGAGAAAAUAUUUGUAAUCAUUCUAAUUACAUUCCAUUAAUGCAUAUUAAGCAUUCCAAAUUGGAUUUUAAGGCUAUAAGAAGAGAAUUCUACUUUAAUAUUAUUUGUAUCAGUAGAGUUUUUGUAUGUAAAUAGUAAAAACAACAGGAAGUAACUGCAGAAUUUCUGUAGUGUAUAGAAUUUUACUGAUAAUUUACAGGUGAAUAUUCACACUAAAAAGCGAAAUGUUUUUCACAUCCUUUACUAUGUUUGAGAAACAGGCAACUGUUUAUAUCACAGCUUACUGCCAAUCAAUAAGAUGUUCACCUCAUUUUAUUAUCAACUAAAAUAGUCUUUCAUCAACAUGAAAUUUAUAAGUUUCCUAUACUUAAAUAUUGUAUAAUAUUUACAAAUACAGACUAAGAAGUUUUUAAGCAUUGAUUAAAAAAUUGCAGAUAUAUUUUAGGAACACUGUUGCCCGAGUAAGUACAGGUAGUCCCAUAAAUAACAUAUACAAAUAAAAAAAUUUUAAGUAUAAAUUAUGGGUUUUCCUCUUUUGCUCCCAACAUGGCAUGUUCAUUUACCUUUACAGGUACAGUAUCCCCCUAUCUAUGAUAUUCAGCUUUAGCAAGUGUGAUGUUUUAAGACUAUCCCCCUUUUAUGAUGUAAACAAUCCACAUGAUCGAUGAAUAUCAUCCAGCUAAGGCAUCUCUCGGUUCACUUGUCAGCUGCGGUCUACCCACAUACUGACACGCAGUCACCCGCUGUACUACAGUACCAAGCUUUGUUCCAUGUUGAUUGCACAGGGCAAUGAUUAUUGGUUAGUGAGAGGACAUCACUAAAAUUCUCAUUGUAUACUCUGUUUUGGUGACUGUGAGGUGUUUUGCCUCUGUUGUCAACUUGAUGUGAAAAUUGUCUGUCACAAUAAAGUUGUCAUAAUU